AUGAAUACACCCGGGGAGAGCCAUAGAACAUCACCCACUUUGGACUAUUCACGUAAUAUUAUGUAUACUCAACGUCCAACAUUUUACUAUCAUCAUCAUCAUCAUCAUCCAACAAGAAAUAUUCCCAUACGAGUCGAUAAAGAUCUACCGCAUAUGUAUAAUCCAAAUCGAUUUUGGUAUUCAUUUCGUUGGCCUGGCCUCAUAUUAGGUAGUCUAAUAUUAUUGUUAUCAUUAACAAUAUUUUUUACAGAAAUUGGUCGAUUAUACUCCGGUUCGAAUAAUCAUGGCAUGUUUGAUAAUCGAAAUUUAUACGAAAUGUAUCCAAAUAAUAUUGUUGGACAAAAUGGUGAUCAAAAUGUAAAACCAGAAAAUCGUUGGUUUUGGCCAUGGUCAACGGCUACUCUCUUUUUUAGUCUCAUCUUUAUUUCAACAGGUAUCAUGGGUAUUAUCAGUGGAAAACGUUUAACAUAUACGGCAAUAUUAGCCUAUCUCAUAUUUUCUAUUAUUAGUCUAUUUUUAUUAGUAUUUAUUAUUACAUCUUAUUCAACAAUUAUCAUAGGUUGGUAUAAAAUAUAUAAUACAAGAAAUGGAAAUUUAAUGUCAACAUAUACAAGAAUUGAUCGAGAUUUAAGUAUUGUAUGUCUAUCAUUAGCAUGUGCAUUAAUAUUAUGCAUAUUUAUUGGAGCAAUUUUUGCCGGCUUAGCUAUACGAGCCUGUCAAAAAAAAGGACCAACAAUAGAACAUGAUAAUGAUCAACAAAUAUUGACCCCUGCUCGGCAUGGACAACUUUUUGUCGCACAGUCUCGUUUACAAUUGCACGCUUCCGCAAUUGUAUUUUCACCUGUACUAGCGUAA